AUGUCAAUGAAAUUGCAGUUGUUUCCAAAAAAAUUACCACUUUUAUUAUCAGAAUUCGAAAGAUGCAAUUACGCUUUAGAUGAAUAAAAUCCAAGAUUCCCCUCAAUAACAGAAGAUAUUAAAAAAGUUUGUUUGCUUCGUAAGAGACGUAGUCAUGAAGAAGAAAAAUUACAUUUAGAAUAGAAAUUAUUAUCAAAAAUUUACAUUGUUGAUCAAGAUGAAAUGUUUGAGAAAUUCUGUUUGUAAGGGUCUUUAGAAGAUAAUAUAAAUUUAUUGAUAGAAUGCUCAAAUGGGCUUGCGUUUUCUUCAUAACCAAAAGUUUCAUACAAUUGUAUAACAAAACAGUAUAUUGUGAAUGAUGCCAUCUGGUUUAAUCCGAAAACAUAUUAGUCAUGCACUGGAUGGAUUACAAAUGAAUUCGAAAAGGCCAUUGCUUUAUUAUAUUACUAGCAUCAAUAGGAUUGCAUCGAAGAAAAUAACCUAAAUAAAGAUGAAGAUCUUAAAAGAUUUUGGAUUUAGGAUUUGGAUUUAAGAACUAAAAUACUAAAUCAAAUACCAUAGAUUUGUAAAGAAUUUAAGAAUGCCCCAAAAAAAAAGAAUACAAAAUAAGAAGAUAUUUUAUGGACUCAACUCAUUUUAAAAUAAUCUUCACCAUAAAACGAUAAAUAAGUAAAUCAAGAUUAAAAUUUGUAAAUGAUGUUAUAAUCAAUCAAUGAGUCGGAUGUUUCUACUAUCAUUAUGAAUAAUGAAUUAGAGAGUAUAAAUUAUAUGCCUCUUGAGAAGAUUUUAACCAUUUAGAUUUUAUGUUAAAGAAGAAUAUUGAGAUUGAUAAGAGAUCACUAUAAGGAAAAACUAAUGAAAGACAUUUAGAACAUUGAGGGUAAGGAAAAAAAGAAAAAUGUAGAAUAAAAGAAAAAAUCUAAAAAACAUAAAAAGCAAAAAAAUAAAAAUGAAUAAAAAAAAAUUAAUAUGAAUUAAGACAAAAGUAAUAGUUUUGAAUUAGCAGAUAAGUAAGACACAACUCAAGACGAUGUUCAUUGUAAUGAAUAUGAAAUAGACAAGCCUGCAGAUUCAAGCUACGAUAUUACAACCAAUGCUCACGUGUCAGCAAAAUCAUAGUUGAAUAAAAAUGCCAUUUUAGAAAUGAAUUUGGUUGAAGAAACUAAUUAAAUACUUGAUGCUUAAACAAUCAUAGAAUUGAACAAUAACAAUUAGAAUGAUGAUGAUGAUAAUUGGGUUGUCAUAACUGCACCUAAAAAAUAAAAAAAUAAAUCAAAACAAAAAUUAGCUACAUCUUAAGAGGACUAGUUCAAAAAAUAAAAGUCACAAUAGAAAUCAAUUCCAUCAAAAAUCAAGGAAUAAUCUGUUAAAUCAAAUGCUCAUGAUUAGGAUCUUUUUUCGAGCUAAAAGAGCUAAAAAAGAAAUGCAUAAGCUAUUGAAACGAUUAAAUAAGACAUAUUGAUGGUGAAUAGGGAGAAACCUGUAAAACAAUAAUCUUAGGAAAUUGCGAAUCCAUCAUCUCAAGAUUUUGCUAAAGAUAAUCAAAUCUCUAUUUCAAAGUAGGAAGAGACAAAAAAUAUCAGCCUAUCCCCAAAAAUGAUAGAAAUUGUGGAUUUGAGUUUAAAAAUUCCAUAAGAGGUUGAGAAAUUAGUUUAAACUAAUCCUAAUAUUAAUACUCAAAUGGAUAUUUAAAAUACACCUCAGAAAUAGCCAAUUAAAGAAGAUUAAAUAGAUUAUGCUAUAUUGAAUUAAGCAAGGGCCUUAAUGAUCAAGAAACUCGAUAUGGAUAUGAGAGAAUUUAGUGAUGUUAUUUUAGGGUAGAAUCAGUAAAUUCUAAAAUUCAGAAGGAUAAUUUAUGACAGAUUAUAAUUUGUCAUCAAUUAUCUAUAUAGAGGUUUCAUUCAUCAUAUAUAUUAGCUAGAUUUUAAUUCUUAAGUUUGCCUUUUCGGUUCAUGUGCCACUGGAUUAGCCCUUCCAGAAAGUGACAUUGAUAUAGGAAUAACUGGAUUUGAAAUGUGUUCUCCAUCUUAGUUAAACUUACCUAUUCAAAAGUUAACUGAAUUUCUCUAAAAAAUGAGAUGGGUUAACAAUAUCGUGUACUUUAAAUCAAUAUACUUUUUUAGAGCAAUCACUUCAUCAGCAAUGCCCUUAAUUAAGUUAUAAGUAGAUCCAACUAUUUCCUUUGUCUAGUCCUCUUUGCCAAUAGGCCUACCUUACAUAGAUCUUGUUUUAAAUCCUGAUGAAGAUAUUCCUAAAUAGAUCUUCAGUGUUGACGUUAGUUUUUUCCAAUAUUCAGGUCCAAAGUAAAAUUAGCAUUUGGGUUUGAUUUCAACUGAUUUAACGCUAUAAUGGCUGUCUUUUUAUAGUGAAUUGAGACCAAUUGUGUUAUUAUUUAAAAGUUUGCUGAAGAAAAGAGGAUUAAAUGAUUAAUACAAGGGAGGAAUCUCAUCUUUUUGCAUAAUUUAAAUGGUUCUGGCAUUUUUAGAAUGCUUUUACCAUUAAAAUCAAGUGUCAUCUAUAGGUUACACAACAUAUAAUUUUUUGAAAUUUUAUGGGACAGAAUUUGAUCCCAAGACUACAGGAAUUAGUUAUAAAGGAUUUAAUGAAAAUCCAUUUUAUGAAUUGAAUGAGUAUGAUGAUUAAUCUGAGAUUACAAUAGUGUCUCCAAUCACAAAUGAAAUUAUAAGUUCGGCCACCUCAUUUGUUUUAACAAUAUUAUAAGACUUGAAGGCGUUGUAUUAAGCAACUGAAAACGAAGUGACCUUUUUUUAUGAGAAACUAAAAUUCAACAAAAAAAAGAAAGGAAAGAAAGAGGAGAGAAAUUUAUUUUAAAAGGAAUUGAACAGACUUCGACCUCUCUUUAGCACUACUGUAUAUAACAAAACUUGA